AACCCACAACCAAUUUUCAAUAUUAUCUUUCUUGUUUCUACCAUUCCUCUCCUCAUCAUCAUCUUCACGGCUUCCUCUGCCACUCAACUUCAUCGUCACCACCAACCCCCAAGAUUUCCCUCAAAAAUCGAAAAAGCAAAAUUUCUUAUCCUCUCCACAAUCCUUUCUCUACGUAGCCAACUGCAGGAGUUACUCAAACGGACUAGGGUUAGUUUCUUUCCCUUUGGAGGCUGAGAAAUAUAUGAAAUUGUUUUGAUUGGAGAUGGCGGUGUUGUUGGACGACAUAGUGAAGUCUGUCGAGCAUCUGUUGAAGUUGAUCAGCAAGAACAGCAAGGAACAGUCCUACGUCGACCCCACGCUCGACCCAGUUCUCCUCGUGCCUGGCAUCGCCGGUUCUAUUCUCAAUGCAGUCGAUAACAAGACAGGUAAAAAGGAGCGGGUCUGGGUGCGGAUUCUUGCGGCCGAUCACGAGUUUCGGGACAAGCUAUGGUCUCGCUUCGAUCCUGCCACUGGUAGAUCUGUGACCCUAGAUACUGAUACACAUAUUGAGGUUCCCCAAGACCGAUAUGGCUUGUACGCUAUCGACAUGUUGGAUCCUGACAUGGUGAUUGGUAGUGAUUGUGUAUAUUAUUUUCAUGACAUGAUAGUUGAAUUUCUCAAAUGGGGCUACCAAGAGGGAACAACACUCUUUGGAUUUGGAUAUGAUUUCCGCCAAAGCAAUCGGUAUCAGGGAACACUGGAGCGCCUGGCGUCAAAGCUUGAAGCUGUGUACACUGCAUCUGGUGGAAGAAAAAUAACCAUAAUAAGUCAUUCUAUGGGUGGUCUUCUGGUUAAAUGUUUUAUGAGUCUGCAUACUGAUAUCUUUGAGAAGUAUGUGAAGAAUUGGAUCGCAAUAGCUGCACCUUUUCGAGGUGCACCUGGAUAUAUAACCUCCACACUUUUGAAUGGUGCAUCAUUUGUCGAAGGGUGGGAACAGAAUUUUUUUAUUUCAAAGUGGAGUAUGCACCAACUGCUGAUUGAAUGCCCUUCAAUAUACGAACUGAUGGCCUGUUUAGAUUUUAAAUGGGAACACAUUCCACGUCUUGAAAUCUGGAGACAGAAAUGUGAUGGUGACGGAAAUUCCAGGAUAAUGCUUGAGUCUUACCCUCCGGCAGAAUCUAUACCUAUCUUUAUGGAAGCUCUUUCAGUCAAUAAGGUCACUUAUGAUGGUGCAGAUAUUUCAUUACCAUUCAAUACAGAGAUUUUAAAAUGGGCUAAUGCGACACGCAAGUUGAUGAGCUGUGCUGAGGUCCCCGGUCAAAUUAAAUUCUACAAUAUUUAUGGCACAAAUUAUAAGACGCCUCACAGUGUUUGUUAUGGAAGCCAGGAUGCCCCUGUAUCCGAGUUGCAACAAUUACCUACUCUUGUGGGGAAUUACAUAUAUGUGGAUGGUGAUGGAACUGUUCCAGUGGAAUCUUCAAAAGCAGAUGGGCUUCGUGCAGAAGCAAGAGUUGGAGUCCCUGGUGACCACCGGGGAAUCCUUUGUGAUCGUCAUGUGUUCAGAAUUCUCAAGCAUUGGCUGAAGGCUGAUCAUGAUCCUUUCUACAAUCCCCUAAAUGACUAUGUAAUUCUACCUACUGCCUUUGACAUUGAAACCAUCAGAACAAAAGGGUUGGAAGUUACUUCUCUCAAAGAGGAAUGGGAAAUUGUUGGGGAAGACCAAGAUCAAGACCACGGAGAAGAUAUGGUAGAGAGAAAGCCUUUGGUGGGUUCAAUUUCUGUUUCUCGUGUGGGAGGUGAUAAAUAUUUGCAGGAAGAGGCUCAUGCAACUGUUAUAGUUGAACCUCAAAAUGAAGGCAAGAAGCGCGUUGAGCUUAAUGCUGUCUCUAUCUCAGCAAGUGCAUAAAAAUCCUUGCAUGAAUGGCGGAUGGGCCAUACCAUUUCAUGCAUGUCUGGACAGUUGUUCGUGUACAUAAAAGCUUCUAUUGGAGUUCCUUGCAUCUUAUUACUAUAACAUGGUAUGUAAAUGUUACUGACCUGAAAUCUGUUACCCGACAUGCUAUAAAUAUAAUUAUUGACUUGUAUCAAAUGUGAAUAUUUUGAGUUAACUUUUAUUGUAUGUUGUUAAUGUGUUUCUACAAUGAUUA